AUGAUAAUUAAGCGCAACCUCAAAUCGCAAAUGCCGAGUCUGAAACGGUGCAAACUCGGCGAUUCAGUAGGUGAAGACGAAGAUAACUUGGGUAGAACUCGCAAGAAGCGGAAAAUCAAUGACUAUUAUCCUCUGGCUCUUCUCGGGGAGAUCGCCACCGGCAUAAUUCCGUUCGGCCUCCAUCAUAUCAUUGCUUCUGAGGCUGAAAAAGGUUUCUCGGCUUCAUGGUGCGCCGAUCUCUCGUACUCCCCUGAUGAAGUUGAAUCCAAAUCCAAGGGCUUAGAUUCAUCCAAUGCCAAGAACCGUACUGUGGAGAUUGCUCGGCCACCACUUGUGAGGACCUCCAGAGGGAGAGUUCAGGUACUUCCUUCGCGAUUCAAUGAUUCUGUAAUUGAGAAUUGGAAGAAAGAGAGUAAAACUAACUUGCCCGAUUGUAGUUUAGAUGAUGGUGGUGAUGAUGAGGAUUAUAAUUUUGAAUGUAAAAGGGAUAAAUCUAGUUUUAAGAAACCUAAGAAUUGUAAGCAGAACAUGAAAAAUUGGCGAAGUGAAGAGAAGAAUGGUUAUAAAGGGAAAAAGUAUACUACAUUGUGUGAGGAAGGUGAAGGAGAAACAGGGUAUGGUAAGACUUUGUUACGUGAGCAAUUCAUCAAGGAGAAUGAGAAGUAUGUCAAUGGGGUUGACAUUGUUGAUUCAACAACAGCGAAGCAGGCUUCACUUGAGAACGGUUGGAGGAAAGAUGGGUUGUAUGGGCCGGAGGACUUUUAUGCAGGGGAUAUAGUGUGGGCAAGGCCAGGGAAGAGGGAGCCAUUUUGGCCUGCUAUUGUUAUCGAUCCAAUGACUCAAGCGCCUGAGCUGGUUUUGAGGUCUUGUAUACCUGAGGCAGCUUGUGUGAUGUUCUUCGGACAUUCUGGGAAUGAGGUCCAAAGGGAUUAUUCCUGGGUUCGGCGGGGCAUGAUUUUCCCAUUCAUGGACUUUCUAGACAGGUUCCACGAGCAGCCAGAAUUGCACAGGUGCAAGCCUAGCGAUUUCCAGUUGGCAAUGGAAGAGGCUUUUCUAGCAGAACAGGGUUUUACGGAGAAGUUGAUACAGGAUAUAAACAUCGCAGCUGGAAAUACAACUUACGAAGAAUCUGUUCUUAGAUGGGUUCAGGAGGCUGGUCCAAACCAGGAUCAUGAUUAUCACCUUCCUAAUCAGGGCUUCUUUGGGAAAUAUAAGGACUCAAGACCAUGUGAAGGCUGUGGCAUGAACCUCCCAUUUAAAAUGGGAAACAAAAUGAAAGCAUCUGCUCCUGAAGGCCAAUUUUUGUGUAAAACAUGUGCUAGGUUAACUAAAUCAAAACACUAUUGUGGCAUCUGUAAGAGGAUUUGGAAUCAUUCAGAUAGUGGAAGUUGGGUGCGAUGUGACGAUUGUAAAGUUUGGGUGCAUGCAGAGUGUGACAAAAUUCCCAGCCAUCAUUUUAAGUCUCUGGGGGCCACUGACUAUUACUGUCCUACUUGCAAGGCAAAGUUUAACUUUGAAUUAUCAGAUUCAGAGAAGUGGCGGCCAAAAAUUAAAUCAAAAACUAACAACAGUGAACUAGUUUUGCCUAAGAAGGUUACUGUUCUCUGCUGUGGUGUUGAAGGCUUAUAUUACCCAAGCCUCCACUUAGUUGUUUGCAAAUGCGGGUCCUGUGGGUGUGAGAAGCAAGCAAUUAGUGAGUGGGAAAGACACACUGGUUCGAGAGAACGAAAUUGGAGGAUUAGUGUGAAGGUGAAAGGCUCCUUGCUGCCAUUAGAACAAUGGAUGCUUCAGUUAGCAGAGUACCAUGCAAAUGCUACCACCUCUACCAAACCUCCUAAACGACCACCCAUACGAGAGAGGAAGCAGAAGUUGAUUGUUUUUUUGCAGGAAAAAUACGAACCAGUUCAUGUGAAGUGGACAACCGAACGCUGUGCUGUAUGUAGAUGGGUCGAAGAUUGGGACUACAAUAAAAUUAUUAUAUGCAAUAGAUGUCAAAUUGCUGUGCAUCAAGAAUGUUAUGGAGCAAGAAAUGUUAGGGAUUUCACUUCAUGGGUUUGUAAAGCUUGUGAAACACCUGAAAUUACACGAGAAUGUUGCCUUUGUCCCGUAAAAGGAGGUGCUUUGAAGCCAACUGAUGUUGAGACAUUGUGGGUUCAUGUUACUUGUGCUUGGUUUCAACCUGAAGUAUCUUUUGCAAGUGAUGAAAAGAUGGAACCUGCUCUUGGAAUCUUGAGUAUACCAUCAAAUUCCUUUGUGAAGAUUUGUGUUAUUUGCAAGCAAAUUCAUGGUUCUUGCACACAGUGCUGUAAGUGUUCAACAUAUUACCAUGCCAUGUGUGCUUCAAGAGCAGGUUACCGCAUGGAGUUGCAUUGCUUGGAGAAAAAUGGCAGACAAAUGACAAAAAUGGUGUCAUAUUGUGCUUAUCAUCGCGCUCCAAAUCCAGACACUGUUUUAAUCAUACAAACCCCUCUAGGGGUCUUCUCUGCCAAAACCCUUGGUCAAAAGAAGAAGAAGAGUGGGUCAAGGCUAAUUUCAUCAAGCAGACUGAAAAUUGAAGAGGCUCCAACUGUGGAAACUACCGAGGUUGAGCCAUUUUCUGCUGCUAGGUGCCGGGUCUUCAAAAGAUCAAACAAUAAUAGAAAGAGAACUGAAGAUGAAGCCAUGCCCCACCGGUUAAUAAGACCUUGCCAUCAUCCUUUAAGCACUAUACAGAGUCUGAAUGCAUUCAGAAUAGUAGAGGAGCCUAAAGAUUUUUCAUCUUUCAAAGAACGACUCCAGCACUUACAGAGAACCGAACAUGACCGAGUUUGCUUUGGUAGAUCUGGAAUACAUGGGUGGGGCCUCUUUGCCCGAAAAAACAUUCAAGAAGGAGAUAUGGUUCUUGAAUACCGCGGGGAACAAGUGAGGGGAAGUAUUGCUGAUCUAAGAGAAGCACGCUACCGAUUAGAAGGAAAAGACUGUUAUCUGUUCAAGAUCAGUGAAGAAGUCGUGGUGGAUGCCACCGACAAAGGGAACAUAGCGCGCUUAAUCAAUCAUUCGUGCAUGCCCAACUGUUAUGCGAGGAUUAUGAGCGUCGCGGAUGAUGAGAGUAGGAUUGUUCUUAUUGCCAAGACUAACGUGGCUGCUGGAGAUGAGCUAACGUACGAUUACUUGUUUGAUCCCGAUGAGCCAGAUGAAUUCAAAGUUCCGUGUUUAUGUAAAGCUCCAAAUUGUCGGCAAUUCAUGAAUUAGGAAUUAUACAAAAGAGCAUAGCCAUUGCUUCUCUGCAAGGACGGUGACCAACCCAAUUGCCCUAUGCAAGAGGUGGAAUCUCAUAGUCGAUCUAUACACCCUGAUUUGUAUUUUUUCCCCAGAAAAGAAAUGAAAAUGCAUCUUCCCUCCCUUUUCUUCUUUUACGACAAAUUUGAUGGUUAAUAAAAUGAUUAGGAUUUCCCAGUUGCUCUUGGAGCAUUCGUGUAUAUCUGU